GAGCGAGAGCAGCCCGGAGCCGCGGCGCCGGCGGUCUGAGCUCCGCGAUCCAGGCCCUGGCUAGGCUGGCCGGACGGGGCGCGCGCCGCGGGAGCGAGCCUGGCCGCCCGCCGGGCCGCGGAGACUGUCGCCCGGCGCCGAGGUUCCUGAUAAGGCUGCACAGAGGACCCCCUUGACCAUGGCCAUGGAGGGGGGCCCAGCAGUCUGCUGCCAGGACCCUCGGGCAGAGUUGGUGGAACGAGUGGCCGCCAUCGAUGUGGCCCACUUGGAGGAGGCGGAUGGUGGCCCAGGGCCUGCCAGGAAUGGUGUGGACCCUCCACCACGGGCCAGAGCUGCUUCCAUGAUCCCUGGCUGUGCUUCAAGACUCCCCCUAGGUCGUCCUAGCCUCUCAGCUAGGAAGUUUUCCCUGCAGGAGCGGUCAGCAGCAAGCUGCUUGGAGGCCCAGGCUGGGCCUUAUGCCACAGGACCUGCCAGCCAUAUCUCCCCACGGACCUGGCGGAGGCCCACCAUCGAGUCCCACCAUGUGGCCAUCUCAGAUGCAGAGGAUUGUGUGCAGCUGAACCAGUACAAGCUGCAGAGUGAAAUUGGCAAGGGUGCCUACGGCGUGGUGAGACUGGCCUAUAAUGAAAGUGAAGACAGGCACUACGCAAUGAAAGUUCUUUCCAAAAAGAAGUUACUGAAGCAGUAUGGCUUUCCACGCCGCCCUCCCCCAAGAGGGUCCCAGGCUGCACAAGGAGGACCAGCCAAGCAGCUGCUACCCCUGGAGCGGGUGUACCAGGAGAUCGCCAUCCUGAAGAAGCUGGACCACGUGAAUGUGGUCAAGCUGAUCGAGGUCCUGGAUGACCCAGCUGAGGACAAUCUCUAUUUAGUGUUUGACCUCCUGAGAAAGGGGCCGGUCAUGGAGGUGCCUUGCGACAAGCCCUUUCCGGAGGAGCAAGCUCGCCUCUACCUGCGGGACAUCAUCCUGGGACUUGAGUACUUGCACUACCAGAAGAUCAUCCACAGGGACAUCAAGCCAUCCAACUUGCUCCUGGGGGACGACGGGCACGUGAAGAUUGCCGACUUCGGCGUCAGCAACCAGUUUGAGGGAAACGAUGCUCAGCUGUCCAGCACGGCCGGGACCCCAGCAUUCAUGGCCCCUGAGGCCAUUUCUGAUUCUGGCCAGAGCUUCAGCGGGAAGGCCUUGGAUGUGUGGGCCACUGGGGUCACGUUGUACUGCUUCAUCUAUGGGAAGUGCCCAUUCAUUGACGAGUACAUCCUGGCCCUGCACAAGAAGAUCAAGAACGAGGCCGUGGUGUUUCCCGACGAGCCAAAGGUCAGUGAGGAGCUCAAGGACCUAAUUCUGAAGAUGCUAGACAAGAAUCCAGAAACAAGAAUUGGGGUGCCAGACAUCAAGCUGCACCCCUGGGUGACCAAGAAUGGGGAGGAUCCCCUUCCCUCGGAGGAGGAGCACUGCAGCGUGGUGGAAGUGACUGAGGAGGAGGUGAAGAACUCUGUCAAGCUCAUCCCCAGCUGGACCACAGUGAUCCUGGUUAAGUCCAUGCUGAGGAAGCGUUCCUUUGGGAACCCGUUUGAGCCACAAGCACGGAGGGAAGAGCGAUCCGUGUCUGCUCCAGGAAACCUACUGUUGAAAGAUGGGUGUGGUGAAGGGAUCAAGAGCCCGGAGCUCCCCGGAGUCCAAGAAGAUGAGGCUGCGUCCUGAGCCCUUGCAUGCGCCCAGGGCCGCCCAGCAGCACGUUCAUCCCGCGCCUCCAAAGGCCCACGGCCCUCAUGCCGACAACCGCCCCUGCGGGCAGGGGGCUGGGGACUGCAGCCCUUCUCCUGGCUCCCCUUCCCCUGUCGUGCUGCAUGACCUCCACGCGUGUCCAGGGACAGGAUUGGAGUGUGUGUCAUCUGGGGUUUGGGGACAGGGCUCCCUUGAGGCCUUUCUCCUCAUCCUGGCUCUUCUUGGUGGGACCCAUGCUAUGAGGAAGGUAGGUGCCCAUGGUGCCUUAGAAACCCCACUUGGCUUGUUGGCAAGGCCCAGAGGCAGGAGGCAAGAAACCAAAAUGGCAGGUGGAGGCCUCGCUUACCACCACUGCAGAGACCUUGCACUGGGAGCUGGGCGGGCCUGGCUCAGCUGCCACAUGCACAUGGAGGGGCGUACUCUGCCCACCUCAGCGGGGUGCUGCCAGAGCGUGUGUCUGCUGAGAACACUGGUGUGGAGACUCUGAGCCCUUGACGGGUGUUCUUGGGCCUCACCUGGGCAGGGGUCAAUAUUUGGAGAAAUUAGAUCCAUUUUUUUGUUGUCUUUUACUUUUAUUUCUAACAUGGGGGGAAUGGGGUGUGAAGCCCUACUUGGGAACGUUGAAUGAGCUCCCCUACAGCUUUGGGUUGUUCCUAGCACACCCCAUCAUUAUUGGCAGUCAGGUGAACUGGACUAACCAUCCCGGAUUGUGUUUCACACUUGGCACUAUUUGGAGCAUGGGCUGAAUUAAAGCUCUGAGCUUCUAGACGCCUGAAGCAGGAGCACCAACCCUUCCCUGCCCACCUUACUCCCUCCCUGUGUGGCUCCUCAGAGCCAUGCCUGCAGAAGAGAGACCAGGGGCUGACUUCGACUCUGGACUCACAGGGCUGUGGCCUCGCAGAUGCUGAAGUAACUGGAAUCCCAUCUCCUAUCCUACACUGGCCUCCCCAUCUGGCCCCAGAAGCUGCCCUCACAUUCCUACCAUGAAGGACAAACUGCCUAGGCUGGAGGUCGCGCUAGAAGCAGGGCCUGGUGGGGUGUGCAUGCUGGCAGGCAGCCUUGGAGAGAGGACCCUUCCACCACUGCCUCGCCCCCAGGACAGUCGCCAUUGAACCUCCUCAGAGCUGGAGCGCUGGAGCAUGUGUCAACCUGGCUGGGCUGGAGCAGACGUCACCUUCUUUUCAGGAUCACUUGAUAGCUUCGUGUUCACUGAUCAAAUGCUCAAGAGAUUGAUUUCCCAAAGAAAAGAAAGCAGGACUCAGAGACCUCCCCUGAAAAUGUGGACCAAACAAGGGAUUACAGUCACCAGCGUGGGUUUCAUAUCGCAGGAGGACUUGUGUUGAGAAGAAGAGGGAGGCUGGGCUGGAGGAGUGCCCGUCCUGCACAUCUGUGCCUGUGGGUGUACGUCACGCCUCCACGCACAUACGCAUGUGCGUGCCCAUCUGCUGCACACAGCAUACUCGCAUGUCUUGCACUGGCACAUGCAUCUGUAAUAUAGUUUCUAUGUCUAUUUAAGGCUGUGAGCGGAAUGUAGCCCAUUGUCAAUGGGUCCACCUUUCUCUCUGGCUCAUCUCCACUAAAGGCAUUGUAACCCAGGGCUUAAAAAAUAACUCGGUACUGUUUUUAAGAACACUUUUAUAGAGUUCAUAGAAGGCCAGUCACAGAUCCACGAGGUUUUCUUGAGCAUCUCUGCACUGGAGCCUGGAGGGUGGGCGUUUCAAGGGGGGCGACAUUCCCUGGACCUGUCCUCGCAGAGCUCCAAGGUGGACCUGGCUUCAUUGCCUGGGUCAGAACCCGGAUUGGGGCUCAUUCCAUCGCUGAGGGUUUUGAUGGGCAUGGGCAUCAUUGUUUCUAAAUAUAGCACAAGGGAUGAACAAACUCCAUAAGAGUGUUUUAAAAAUUAACUUCCCAGGAAGUGAGUUAAAACCAAUAAAAGCCCUUUCUUGAGUUAAAAAAAAAAAACAACAAAACA